GAUACAAGCAACUUUAUAUGACUUGAAGGCCGUCGACCAAAGAAGCUGAGUUGGUCAUUUAUAUUUAAAGUACAUUCAUAGAUUGUCGCUUUCAAUCAUGGGUAGCACAAAUAGCCGUAUUGAAACAAAUUUGAAUCCAAUAAAAACGUAUACAGGAUUUGAAAACCAUGAUAAUGAACUAGUUAUUUCCAAGGAAUCAUUUCGAAAUAAGUUCGACUCCUGUUUCUAUGAUUUGGCCGAUCUUUUAUGGGAUAAUUUCAAGAGUGAUCAUAAUUCCAAUGAUGAAUUCCUGGUUCUCAGAAAAUAUCAAAGCAUAAUUGAAUACUUGUCUUCUGCUCAGGAUAAACUGGAGAUAAUUUUAAGUUUGUUUAAGCUACGUGAGUUAAGUGAAUCAGAUGUUAAAGCAUUAUUUAAGUGGUUCUUGUUGGGAAGAGAUUUGAAACCAGACACGUGGCAAUUAAUAAUUAAUUCUAUCUUGUCUUCAGAUGAAAAUGGUACAUACAAACAUCACACAAUUGUCAGCUGUUUGAAUCGCUUAUGUCCAGAUAUUUGUAAUGACUUAGUCAAUAUACUUUUACAACUCUUAAAGGAUAAUCAUUCAUUUAAUUUGACAGAUUUCAACCCUUAUUCGCUUUCCGGAACAAUAUUAACAUCGGAUCUCCAGUGGUUGUUUUCUACUUUUCUCACUUAUCCAUACAAACGUGCACCGAAAACGUGUCUACUUCAAACAACACCAUUAGAAUGUGAGCAGUUGUCACAUUUACAUUGUUUGUAUGACAGUACGAAUCAUGGGAUGAGUUUGACCAGACUGUUAGAACUGGUAUUCGAUUACAAUGGACCAACGAUUGUCUUUCUCAAAGCUAAAGAAUUUUUAUUCUGUUUAUUGUCUGAUCAAGGUUUAAAAGAAUCAUUAAAAACGUUUGGCAAAGAGUAUUCAUUUCUCUAUCAGAUUCAACCGAAAUUUAUUCGACUUGUAUCUGGUAAAUUAGGCACAGACUCGGGGAUAUUUUAUGCAAAUUUUACUUCGAAAACGUCAAAACGUGGUCUUUUUGUGGGGCACCAACCACUGAUAUCGCCUGUAAUUGAAAUAAAUGAAGAUUUUACUGAGUUGAAAUAUAAUUCUGGUCUACCAAUACGUUUAAAUGCAAUUGAAGUUUGGGCAGCUGGUUCUAGUGAUCACAUGUCUAAAUUAGAAGAUCAAAAGAAAUGGGAAUCUGGUCAGGUUGCUAAAGCGAAAGAACGGAAGUUGAAAAAUGAAACAUGGCAAGAUUCUGCUGAUCGUUUCCUACUAGAAUUAGAUGGGAAGCGAGUACGUCAUUCUGAUGGGAUUGAACCACCUUGAACACUAUUUGAAUUCACUCUAAUUUCCGAGUAUACUUCUCACCGAAAUGCAUAAUAAUAAUAAUAAUAGGUGAAACUAAUUCGCCGACUUUUCAAAAGACCAAUUCUUUUGAUGUAAUUACUUUUUAAACUUUCAUUCUCGCACCAAGAAUCUCUUUUUUGCCAUGGGCCUUAAAUAUCAUUUUUCAUCAUUUGCUUUCGGGAAUAUUUUCUGUUAUGUUGUAAAACCACUUCACAUUUUACUAUUCUUAUCUUAUCUAUUUAAGUUUACAAAAUUCUUCAGUCACCAUCGUUUCUUCUUGUAAACAAUAGAUCAGUAGCAACAGUGAUUAUUGUUACUAUUAUUCGUUCAUAUAUUUCUAUGUAAAUGUACAGAAUAAGUAGACCAUUCAUGA